AUGUCCCCAUAUGCCCUGGAAUUCGAAAAAGCUUGCCAUCUGCCUCUCGAGCUGAAACACAAGGCAAUAUGGGCAAUCAAAAAGCUGAAUUUUGAUCUGACUAAUGUGGGAGAAAUCCGAAAGCUUCAGUUGAACGAGCUGAUCGAAUGGCGCAUGAACACCUAUGAAAAUGCUAAACUCUAUAAGGAACGAACAAAGAAAUGGCAUGACGAUCGUAAGUUGAAGUCCCGCUGGUUUGGCCCAUUCCGAAUUAAGACUAUCUUUCCCCAUGGCACGGUGGAGUUGACAAACGAGGAUGGAAGCAACGUAUUCAAAGUCAAUGGUCGGAGAAUUAAACCCUACUAUGGGGGUUUUGUGGAACGACACAAAAAGACCAUCGACUUAGGCAGGCAAGCCUGA